AAUAAUUAUUGUGACAAGUUAUAAAUAAAAAAUAAAAGAAUACACGAUAAGAGAGUUACACAGUUUUAAAAUGUUAUCUUUAAGAAGUCGUAUACUGGAUACGAUUAUUAAAAGAAAUGUACAUGGGAAUGCCGAAAUAGUUGCAAAUUGUAAAACUGUUAGAAAUCGCAAUCCAAGAAAUUUAGAACGUUUACGAAUUGCAAGAAAGCCUAUUGGUUAUGCUCUUGAGAAACCUGGACAUUCUUAUUGGCACAAGUUGAUUGUGACGAAGGAAAAUCGUUAUGUUACAGCAGAAAUACAUCAUUUUGAAAAUGGUCCUGUUAUCAAAGCUUCAAGUCGAGAAUGGGGAUUACAUAAACAAUUGUAUAGAGGAAAGGAUUCAGCUGCAUUUAUAAAUGUAGGACGUGUGCUUGGUCAACGUUGCUUAGAAUGUGGGAUAGUCGAGAUUUAUUACGAUAAAGAAACACUACCUGGAGGAAAGGAAGACUUACUGACAAAAGAAAUUGAAAACCAAGGAGUUCGCUUACAAGAACCACUAAAGUACAGACACUUUAUUCAUGCAGACAGAUACAGAGAUGAAAAGCCUUGGGAAACUUUUGAGUAAUAGUUUUUAUUUUAUUGUAAAUAUAAAUAAAUAAUACAUUGUAUAUACUAAUGGGUAACAGAGAUUCAAAUUACUACUAUAUGUACUUUACAUGAGUUCUUGUUUUAUUACUCGUGCAAUUCUGUAAACUAAGGAAAUUGUAGAUGGGGAACAUAAAACAAAUACCUUUGCUGUCGUGCAA